CACACAUCUCACAACACGCAAAAAGAUGUCCCAGACAGAAUGGGCACUCGCAAACGCUAGCGCGGCGCCAGCGGGCGCCGCCGACGCCGACCUCUCGGGCGCGGUCGCCAAGGCCGACUUCCAGAGCGUCCUCUUCGCCGAGCAGACCAAGCGCGCUCUGGCCGCCGUCCCGGGCCUGUUCGACAAGCUCGCCGACGCGCCAGCAGCGACGACCAAGGCCGAGCUCAGCACCGACGACCAGCUCGUCCUCCUCUCUGCCGCUGUCGCACUGCAGCACGCCUUCGUGCAGGCUAACUGGACCGGCCCGGACCUCGCCUUCGGACCCAGCGAGGUCAUCGCGGCCGUCACUGGCGCCGCUGUGGCCGACAAGGAGGCUGCCAACACGGCUGCCAACGCCGCCGCGCUGCCUCUCCUCACUCUCCUCGGCGAGCCGGCGUACCACCUCGCGACGCACCCUGCGCUCUUCCUUCUCAGCAUUCGCAUUCUCGCCUUCCUCGCGAAGCAGCCCACCCCUCUGGCCACGAUCCCGUGGUGGCUCCUCCGUUCGCACCUGAUCCACCUCGCCCUGCUUGACGAGCCGGUUGCGCUGGCUGACGAGGUGCUGAGUGCUGUUAUCGCGCUUAUCGAGAAGGCGCCCGACGCCGACACGGCUGCCUCGCUCAACCUCGAGAUCGGCCUCCUCCACAACCGCCUCGGUAACGACAAGGCCGCUAACCAGGCGUUCCUGGCCGCUGCGCGCACGUCGGGUCUCGAGUUUGAGCUCACUGGCGCUUUCGGAAAGCGGACAAAGUUCCAGGUCGACGACACGCCCCUGCUCGUUCUGCUCGCCGAGUCCAGGCAGCGCGACGGUGACGACGCCAAGGACGCGGUCCCCGUGAACAUUCCCAAGGGCCUCGCGCUCAACGAUGACACGCUCCUCGAGGAGACCGAGUUUACCAAAGUGACCCAGACGCCUGACUCCUCUGUUCGUCUCAGCCACCUUGACCCCGCCAACCAGCCGGCACUUCACCCGCUCGACCAGGCCUUGCUGUUGUCUCUCUGCCUCGCGCAGAAGAACAGCUCGCCUACUCACGGCCUCACUGUUGAGCAGAUGACGCCUUUUGUUGCUCGCGUCAUCCCGCACCCUCGCAACUGGAGCGUGCACACCACGGCGCUCCUCCUCCGCUCUCGUCUUGAGGCUACCCGUUCGCGUACCGUCGAGCGCAGCACCCUCCAGCUCGCGGCUCUCAUCGAGCAGAUGCCCACUGCCGACUCGGAGCCCGCCGAGCGCCUCAAGUACUUCCACCAGCUCCCUCUGCCCUCAAAGUGGGAGAUGGAGCGCGAGCUCGGAAACCGCUACCUCAGCCUCGGUGUCGUCCGCUCCGCGCUCGACAUCUUCACCCGCCUCGAGCUCUGGGAGGACGCCGUCGCAUGUCUCCAGCGUAUGGAGCGCGAGGCCGAGGCCGAGCGUAUCGUCAAGGACCUGCUCGAGGGUCGCAAGAUCGAGUCGGACAUUGUCGUUUCCCUGGGCAAGUCGAGCCUCAGCGACGCUCGCCGCCAGAAGAUGGGCAAGGCUCGCGAGGCCAAGCUCUGGUGCUUGCUCGGUGACCUCACCCUCAACUCGGAGGACGCGCCUCGGGAUCCUGCCGGUGUGCGUGAGCGCGCGAUUCAGCACUACAAGCAUGCGUGGGAGGUCUCGGGCCACAGCAGCUCGCGCGCCAUGCGCUCGCUUGGUUCGCUGUACACCUCCGCCCACGAGUAUGAGGAGGCCGUCCCCGCGUUCCGCCACGCACUUGGCAUCAACCCCCUCUACCCUCAGGUCUGGUUCACUCUCGGCGUCGCCCUCAUGCGACUCGAGCGCUGGAGCGAGGCCCGUGAUGCCUUCAAGCGCGAGGUCAGCGUCCGCGACGAGGACAGCGAGGGCUGGAACAACCUCGCCGCCGUGUACCUCCGCCUCAACGAGGAGGGCGUCCCCAAGGGAGAGACCCCUCCUCCGGUCACCUUCGAGAACAAGACGCUCGCUUUCCGUGCCCUCAAGUCUGGUCUCCGAACAAGCUACAACAACUGGCGGAUGUGGCAGAACUACAUGAUAGUGGCCAUUGACGUCGGAGAGCUGGCCGAGUCUGCACGUGCCAUGACGCGCGUGAUUGAGGAGAUGGGAUCCAAGGACCCUAUCCUCGCGGUCGACACUGAGGUGCUCGACAAGCUCGUCGAUAGCGUCACCCGCGAUGACUGGAACAAUGGCAAGGGCCCCGCCGACGGCAAGCCGCCUAGGACAUCAAACGAGGGCUGGGGCCUGUUGCCCAUCGUCGAGCGCUUGUUCGACAACACCAUCCUCCCUCGGGUGAGCGACAGCGCACGGGUAUGGAAGGCACACGCGCGUCUCCUGCGAUGGAAGGAGGACUGGGCCGGCGCUAUCGAGGACUACAUCCGCGCGUACCGUGUCAGCGUCGCCAACGACGAGCAGGUGGAGCGUGUGCCUGCUCGCUGGAGGGACGCGGUGCACGAGGUGGAGGACCUCGUCGCCACGCUCACUGCUCUUGGCCCCCGUGUUCCCAAGGUCGAGGGCAAGAAGGGCGGCGACUGGCGCUUCCAGGCUCGUGGUAUCGUCCGGACGUUCAUGGGCCGCACCAAGGACGCGUUUGAGGACCAGCCCGAGUGGGACAACCUCAAGGAGCUGCUCGACGACCUCAAGCGUUCCGACUAGACCUCACCCACCACAAUCACACAUCAUCACUUGCCACGUUCUAGACCAAAUGCCAUGGCUG